GUUGUCGAGGUGGCUGGCGUUGUGUUGUAAACUCUCUAAAAUCACACCGGUCAAGUAAUUUUGUCAAAGUCGCUUUUGAUUUUGCGGUGGAAGUUCUUAUUCUCCGUCGAUUAUUUCAGUGAAGUUCAAUAUUAAAGUAUCACCAAUAUGUAUUGGUCAAUCAGUUUACUAGUUUUAUAUUUAGUCUCCGGUGUUCUAACCGACGUAUUUUUACAUGAACAGUUCAUAGACGAUAAUUGGGAGUCUGAGUGGCUCUACUCUGAACACAGUGGAAAAGAAUUUGGAAAAUUCGUCCUAACUCCAGGAAAAUUCUAUCAUGAUCCUGAAGACAAAGGUAUCCAAACAUCCCAGGAUGCCCGAUUCUACGCUAUCUCCAAAAAAUUCCCGCCGUUCAGCAACAAAGACAAGCCCCUUGUCAUCCAGUUCUCAGUCAAACAUGAACAAAACAUUGACUGUGGAGGUGGUUAUGUCAAAGUUUUCGACUGUAAUUUAGACCAGAAGGAUAUGCAUGGAGAGACUCCGUACGAAAUCAUGUUUGGUCCUGACAUUUGUGGCCCUGGAACGAAAAAAGUCCAUGUUAUCUUUAGUUACAAAGGCAAGAAUCUACUUAUCAACAAAGACAUUAGGUGUAAAGACGAUGUUCACACUCACUUCUACACUCUUAUUGUUAAGCCCGACAACACUUACGAGGUUCUCAUCGAUAAUGAGAAAGUUGAAUCUGGAGAGUUAGAGAAGGACUGGGACUUCCUUCCCCCCAAGAAAAUCAAGGACCCUGCUGCCAAGAAGCCUGAAGACUGGGAAGACAACCCCACCAUCGAUGACCCAGAAGACACGAAACCAGAAGAUUGGGACAAGCCCGAACACAUCCCAGACCCAGAUGCCACCAAACCAGAAGAUUGGGACGAUGAGAUGGACGGAGAAUGGGAACCCCCUCAGAUCGAUAACCCUGAAUACAAAGGAGAAUGGAAACCAAAACAGAUCGACAACCCCAAAUACAAGGGUCCAUGGGAACAUCCAGAAAUCGACAAUCCUGACUACCAGCCAGACCCGGAACUUUACUUGAGGAAGGAACUGUGUGCCAUUGGUUUCGAUCUGUGGCAGGUUAAAUCUGGAACUAUUUUCGAUAAUGUCCUCAUCACAGAUGAUAUUGAGAAAGCCAAGGAAGUCGCAUCAGUCUAUAAGGCCAUUCAGGAAGGUGAAAAGAAAAUGAAGGAUAGUCAAGAUGAAGCUGAAAAGAAGGAAGAAGAAGCAAAGAAGGAUGAAGAAGAAGACGAAGAUGAGGAAGAAGAAGAAACAGAAGGCAAAGCAGAACCAGCAGAGGAGGAUCACGAUGAACUGUAAGCCAAUCACAAAGCCACCAGAACUGAUUUUGUAGAACGAGAAGUUUGAACCAAAAUGUGUUUCACCGUGUUGCGCUUUGCCUCGCGCAGAACUGAUUCUGUUUGUGUGAGAACAAACUUGAGUGAUGUUGAUUAUUGUUGAUUAUUGUUUUGUAUCAUACGUAAUUAAGUCAUCUUUUGUUUCGCGUAGCUCUCAACCGUUCUGACGCUCUUGCUUUCACUUAAUUAAAUCCUGACGUCAACUUGAAGACCAAAGAUUCCAAAGAACUGUGGAAUUUAUUAAUGUCCCAUUUUAUUCAUCAGUAACCAAAAAUACAACAAUGGUGCGAAAAGAUUCUUUAUACCAACAGAACUCUUUUUUAGUUUAUCUCCAAGUGAUUUUGGAAUUUUGUACUUUGAAAAGUCCGGAUACUUUUCUCGAUUGAAAUUUAAUUGAUGCGGCUGUGUAAGAUUGUACCUCCCUCCAAGCUUUAAUUCUGUUCGGUUUCAAUUCAGUUCUUCAUCUUUGUCAGGAGUUAAUUAAAUGAGGUCCCUCAGCUCCUAUCCUUGUCUCUCUCUGCUUCUCUACAUUUUUGGAGCCGUUACUUUUAUCCUCACCCUGUUGCAAUUCUUUUUUGUACAUAUUUGUUGUACCAGUCUUACUGGUCCUCGUUUUUGUCCCAGCUUCUUCUCUUCUUGUCCCUUUCCUUGUAAAUAUUAAAGCUAAGAAACGAUUGAUGGUACAUAAUUCUUAAAUAUGUAGGUUGUUUAAUAUGUGUGUUGGUUUGUUGGAUUUAUUCCACGAGUAAAUGUGCAUAUUGAUCUAUCAAACGUCAAAAUGACAUAUUGUCAUUGAGGUAGUAACUUUGAUACCAGCCUCUCUCACCCCCUUCAUGUGGCGUACUUCAAUGAAAUCUGGUCAAUGUAGCAUAUUGUGGCCUCGGUGUAAGUAGUUGUGUAAUUUUGAACUUUUCUCACUCAGCAGUCAUUCUGCACCUUAAAGAUUUCUUUGAAGCACACCCCUGAAACUUUCUUGCGGGUACGUCAGUCAGUCUUACAUUUAUACCUAACUUUUAUGAGCUGUUUUGUUUUUCUUCUUCUUAUUUCAUCAAUUUCCUUAUAAAUUGAUGAGAUUACUUGAGAUCUCAAAAGCUAAAAGCGAAUUGGUGAAAUUUUUUUCCCCUGAUACCUAAUAUAAUGUAUUUUGUCCUGCAAAGCAAAUAUUAUUGGAAUAUCUUUAAUUUAGGAAAACUUAGACAAUAUUUUUUCAUGUUUUGUACCGAAUCACAGACAAGAGAUUCCUGAUUUACUUAUUCACUAAGUCCUCAUCAGUUGGUGUUUCCCCCCCCCCCUCCUUCUGACACUGAAUUUGAUAGAUGUAUCUCAAGAGUUACUAUCAUGAAGGAACUGAUCAAAAAAAAUCUGAUAAUCAAUACAUCUUUUUUAUGAUUGAGAAAAAGAAUGACUUUUAUGACUUCUGCAAUUUAAAUAGAUAGACCAGUGGGGCUAUCGUCUCAAAUAUUAACUCAGUCCAUCGAUAUCUCGCUCUUUUUACAGAGGCCGUCUACUUGCAUGAUUUUUGUAAAUAUUUUAAAUUUAGUCAUCAGGAGAAGAAAAAUAACAGAAUGGAAAAAAUUUCAUCAGUGACGGUGGUAAUCUCAGCCGAAUAUACUUAAACAAACCAUGAGCAGCUGAAGGUGUUUUUUAGAUGAGAGUGCAUUCAAAAACUACUUGUUUUUUUUUUUUGCAUUAACACCCCCCCCCCCUCCCCCUCAAGAUUUUCCUGUUUCAGGUCUACUUAGAUUUUAUGUGCUGUGAAUGAUCAAUGUUAUUGAAUGCCCUUGCAGAAGUUAAAGUAAAAAUUAUCAAUAAAGCGAUGCAUUUGAAUGUGCUGUAGACAAACUUUUUAACUCAUCGGAUUGUACCAACACUAGUAGAAACCACCAUUCAUAUGUACUAAUGGUCUUGUUAUCCUGAAGUAAUGUCCUGUUCCUCCUGGAUUUUAGUCUUUUAAUCCAUCUUUUUUUCUUUUUGUAAUCAAAAUUAAUUGAAGCAAAUAAAAAUUUUGAUACUACACCUAA